AUGGCUCCCAAGUAUGUUCCGACAAACUCUCUCUUGAGGAGCCUCAACCACGCUCUUCGAGAACAACACAAGUGCCUUUCCACAUCCCACUUCAGACCACGAGCAACCAGGGCAGCGGCGACGUUCACACACCGACGGCAUGCUCAAGCCAUCUCCGUCCUCCCAACUGCGGUGGACAGGACCAGUCAGGACUUCAAAGACAAUGCAGCCCAGCUGGGUGAGGCCAUGAGCAAAUACGCAACCUUGCACGAGAAGAUCGCCCAAGGGGGACCAGAGAAGGCGCGGCAAAAGCAUAUCCAAAGGGGCAAAAUGCUGGCAAGAGAUCGCAUAACAGCUCUCAUCGACCCCGGUAGUCCGUUCAUGGAGAUCUCGCCCCUCGCCGCCUACGAGGUUUACGAGGACGAAGUCCCUGCCGCGGGCGUCAUUGCUGGAAUCGGCACUGUCGAAGGUGUGACGUGCAUGAUCGUUGCCAACGAUGCCACGGUCAAGGGCGGGACGUACUAUCCCUUGACCGUGAAGAAACACCUGAGGGCCCAAGAGAUUGCGCAGCAGAACAAGUUACCGUGCAUAUACCUCGUCGAUUCCGGCGGCGCGAAUUUACCCAAUCAGGCGAACGUCUUCCCGGACCGGGAUCACUUUGGACGCAUCUUCUUCAACCAAGCUAGGAUGAGCAGCAUGGGCAUCCCGCAGAUUGCCGUGGUCAUGGGUCCUUGCACGGCUGGCGGCGCCUACGUCCCUGCCAUGUGCGACGAAUCCAUCAUCGUCGAGAAGCAAGGCACCAUUUUCCUGGCGGGUCCACCGCUGGUGAAGGCCGCCACCGGGGAAGUCGUCUCAGCUGAAGACCUGGGCGGGGGCUCCCUUCACAGCUCCGUUUCUGGCGUCACAGAUUACCUUGCCGUGGACGACGCUCACGCGAUAGUCCUUGCCCGCCGCUCCAUCUCCAACCUCAACUACCCCAGAGAACAACCUCCCGUCAACCCCAACGAGAUCCGUGAACCCCUGUACGACCCAUCCGAGCUGGCCGGGAUCGUAGGCACAAACCUGCGCAAACAGAUUCCCAUGCACGAAAUCAUCGCCCGCAUCGUCGACGGGAGCGAAUUCGCCGAGUUCAAGAAGGACUACGGUACCACUCUGCUGACGGGGUUCGCUCGCAUCCACGGCUACCAGGUGGGCAUCAUCGCCAACAACGGGAUUUUGUUCUCCGAAUCGUCCCUGAAGGGCGCUCAUUUCAUCGAACUGUGCUGCCAACGGAAUAUUCCAUUGGUGUUCCUGCAGAACAUUUCCGGGUUCAUGGUCGGCGCGGACGCCGAGCGGGGCGGCAUCGCGAAGAACGGGGCCAAGCUGGUCACCGCAGUCGCGUGCGCGAAUGUGCCCAAGUUCACCGUCGUCGUGGGCUCGUCUGCGGGAGCAGGCAACUACGGCAUGUGCGGGCGCGCCUAUUCGCCGCGGUUCCUGUGGAUGUGGCCCAACGCCAAGAUCGGCGUCAUGGGGCCCGAGCAGUUGACCGCCGUCAUGGAGACGGUGGGCAAGAGCGUCGACGUCGGUCUCAGGGACCGCAUCGAGCGCGAAAGCGAUGCCAGCUUCUCCAGCGCGAGGCUGUGGGACGACGGGGUCAUUCACCCCGCGCAGACAAGGAGCGUGUUGGCCAUGGGCUUGAAGGUCGCGCUGGGCGGCAUGACAGAUCAUGAGAAGCCGACCAAGUUUGGCGUCUUUAGGAUGUAA